GGGGCUGCCACCCUAACUCAACUUGUAUAUCGCGACGCGCAAUGGGUUACGCUGACCACAGAGCACGAAGCCUUGGGUCUCCUUUCUUUAUUUUGAAUGCGAUCAAAGUGUAGGCUCAAACGGCGGCUGCAAUGCAACGCAGGCAGCAGCGAGAUGCAAUGGGCGUGAUGCUCCUCCUAAACCACGUAUUAUUUCAGGUCGGUUUAGAAGCGAUUCCACCUGUGACGCUUUUGAUCGUCGUCGCUCAAGCAUGCACAUUCCUUCAACUCUUUGGAGUUCCAUGGCGAGGCAUAUCCGGCGCUUGCAUUAGUGUUGACGCGGUCAUAUUUAAAAAACAGUGGUUGCGCAUCUUCUACGGGGCGAUCGAGCACGGUGACAGCCUACACCUGUACUACAACAUGGUUUCCUUCAUUUGGAAGGGAAUGCUCCUCGAACCUGUACUCGGGGGCGCGCAGUUCGCCUACAUCAUCGUCCUCUUCACCGCACUCUGUGGCAUUGUGUUGUUAGGUCUGAACUAUCUAUUGGGCACGUUCGUCGACAACGCGUUCUACUACCAGUGUGCCGUCGGCUUCUCGGGCGUCAUCUUUGCCCUCAAGGUACUGAACAAUUACUAUUUUCCCGGGCGAAGCCGGCGCUUUUUGGGUAUCGACAUCAACUUGCCCGCGGGACAAGUCGUCUGGCUCGAGCUGGUGCUCAUUCAGCUGGUCACGCCGAAUGCCUCUUUGGUCGGCCACCUUGCCGGUAUCCUAGUCGGCCUCGCGUACGUGUACGGAGUCAUCACACCCAUCUCCGACCUCGUCUGGAACCUUCUCGGGCAGCAACCCGCGCGUCUCACGCGGGCGCAUUACGGACCCCGUCGGCGUGUACCAGCUGGUGGUUUGUUGGGUGCGAUGCCGUUCGGCGCAAUCCUCUUGUCGGUGGCGCUAGUCGUGUUGCAGACGGACAUUUUGCCGCACCACUGGAUGCGAAUGGUCAACAGUCAGUGUCUUGCCUCUUCGCUCGUCAUCGAUCAUCACCAGUGGCAGCUGCUCGUCAUCCCUGCAUUGCACACUUCGGGACCUCUCCACCUGGCCUACACGGUGUUGUCGUUGGUCGGCCUCGGCUACUACCUCGAACACAGGAUGGGCACCCUCCGCUUCCUAGGCAAACUCUUGGCCCUUACGGUCCUCACUAACGUCGUUUUCUGCCUGGUGACGUACUACAUCCUGCCGAACUACAGGGAGGUGGCUGGUGUGCGUGCGUUUGAGAUGCACUACAAGUGCUUCCUAGGAUUGACGGCGACACUGCUUGCCAUGAAGGGUGUGUACACGGCUUAUUACCCCGCGGGCUCGUACUUGUUUUUGUUCUUUCCGGUUCCAGUACCCAAGCUGCUAGGUGUCAUUUGUGAAUUUGCGCUGCUUCAUUUUGCAUUGCCACACGUGUGGAUAGUAGGCAAUGUGAUAGGUUUUUUCGCAGCAUUCAUGUUUGUAAUAUUAUCUUGACUGUAUUAGCCGUGUGCUUUCUUUGUUUAUUUUCUUUUUCCUCUUCUUCCUCAACUUCCCCCGUGCAUUAUUGUACGUGUAAACUUGUGCACUAUCACGGUCAUUUGGAACAAACAACCUAAACUUUCAUUGCCACAUGCUGCACUUGUUUAGUGAUCAGUUUGGUUACUUGAUAGAAAUUACUUAUUUCUUACACUUGAAUGAAUAAAACUGGCCAACAUUCUUCGUCUUUGA